AAGCCUCUAGCCUCGUUUUAAAUUCAUAACAACACUGCAUUAUGUAUAUGAGUUAUCACUUUAAGGGUUGAGUUUUUUCAAAUUGCUUCCUUCUGGUGUUCAAUACUUUUUAUGUCUCGAAAAUGGAAAAUCGUCGAGAAGAUACCGAAACCGCACUGGUUCCUCCUCGCCCUCGUUCUGUCGAGCAAAGCAGGGCGAGUCCAGCGACCAUUUUAGACUCUCAUCAUUGUUCCUCUGUACCAGCCUAUCUCCCCAACACAGAGAAAGGUGAACAAAGAGAAACUACAGAAUCAUGUCAACAACCCCAAACCUCAGACAUACCACCUCUUAUCCCAGAAAAACGCAGUUCGCCUGCCAACACAAUACAGGACAUUGCCACCUCCCAGCCACAUCAGGACGUACACCAGACAGAGGGAUUUCCUCAGCGUCCCCAAAUCCCACCCUUAAUACCAACAGAAACGCUGCUUCGGAAUGAAAACCAAACUCCCUUGGCAGAUUCUACAACGACUCCAUCUUCAAAUCAAGAUGGGAGCCCUGCUAGUGUUAUUGAUAUCAAAGAAAGUGGGGAGAACCAGCAAACUAGCUCCAAUCUUUUAAGUGGAGGUAUAGACAGCUUAGUGACACAGACCGUGCCAAUCCCAAUCCCGAGCACUAUUGGGAACAUAACCACCGCAGGCCCAGAAAAUGGACCUCUAGAGGAGUAUGCUAGUCGUUCCAUUAAAAGUGAACCGGGGGUAGUAUCAGAACCAUCUUGUUCAAUUUGGGGGACAUCUAACUAUCAGACAUCUAGUAUAGAUUCGACAGAAUUGGCCAACAUGCAGCAGUAUCUUCAGUACCCGGGUUACACCAAUAGGUAUGACACCUCAAACCAACAGAAUUUUGACAGCGCUGGUAGAUGUUCUAGUCAUGCAAAUAGUGUAACAGUUGAGGACCCAAUGUUACCCCGUGAUGUGAGUGCUGAUAUGGAUGACAUUAACAACCCUUUCUAUACAACUUACCCCAACAUGUUUCUCAAUCAACAGCAAGCUUAUUCUGCAGCGGUGCCGUACGGAGACACCUCACAAAAACCAAUACAGACCUCACAAACAUUACCGCCUUCUUACUUUGAAAAUGUAAAGAAAGCUUGUGAUGUCACCUCAAAGAAUGUAAAUGAAGCCCAUGUAACCUCAUGUAGACCCAAACUUGAACACGAUACAGAUGGAAUUCAACCCAAAAAAGUCAUAGUUCCGGCAGAUCCCCAGACGUGGACUGAAGGGGACGUGCAUCAAUGGCUUGAAUGGGCCCGUAAUGAAUACAAACUAAGAGACCUAGACGUGAUCCGCUACCAACAGAUAGACGGGAGACACCUCUGUAACAUGAGCAAGGACCAGUUCACCCACCUCUUCGGUCCCCUUAACGCUGAAAGUCUUUACUCACAUCUUAACUUUCUCAGACAUGGUCCAGCACAGGUGACGUCCCCUACUUGUCCUUCUGUGUCCUCCUAUGUUCACGGGUCGGGAGGAUCAAUCAAGCAAAACGCAGAUCCAGGAUUCACAAAAUCGGCUUGGUCUCCGCAGCCCAGCCAAAACUCACAGGACCCGUACACCUUACUGGGACCCUUGGUGGGGCGGUUAUCCAGCACAGGAAGUGGGCAGAUUCAGUUGUGGCAGUUUCUGUUAGAACUGUUGUCUGAUAGAAGAAAUGGUUCUUGUAUUGCAUGGGAAGGCAGCAAUGGCGAAUUCAAGUUAGUGGACCCAGAUGAAGUGGCGCGUCGGUGGGGAGAGCGAAAGUCGAAACCGAAUAUGAACUAUGACAAACUAAGCAGGGCACUCAGGUAUUACUACGACAAAAAUAUAAUGACGAAAGUGCACGGAAAACGAUACGCUUACAAAUUUGACUUCGUCGGCCUUACUCAAGCGAUGCAACCUUCAACUCCAGAGACGAACGCUUACCGAUAUCAACACGAGAUGUUCAGCAUGUCAGGAUAUCCCCCUCCCAGACUCAAUUACUUAUCUCCGCAUGCACCCAUUCCAACGACUACGGCAGGAUUUCUGUCCCCUACAGCUACAUAUUGGUCAACGUCAACCAAUAACAUUUUCCCGAACACUUUGAACCACGUGAUGCCAGGACAUCCGGGCACUUUGCCUUCCCACAUGAGCACAUUUUACUCAUGAUUACAUCAUUUUGCUUUCAUCAAUUUGUAAUUAUAGCGAUGUAAACAAGGAUUUAUUUUGUCUAUUUUUGUUGGUCAAAGAUCAUCAAUGUUUUUUUCCUUAUAUUUGUUAACUAAGCUCAUUUUUGUCACUUUAUUGUCUUACACAAGAAAACUGUAUUUCAGUUGCCUAAAUUUUACCAGACCGAGUGUUUGGCAAUUAGUCACUUAAUUGUUACCGGUACCCCCCUUUGAUACAUGAAUACGUUAGUGUUCUCUGUAUAUAGGAAAACGGGAGUAGUUAACCGCACAUUUAAAUUAAAUUAGUAUUUGUAUCCCCCCCCUCCCCAAAAAAAAAUACAUAACAGCUGGACCAAAUAUAUAUUGACGUGGUUACCUUUUCAUUAGAUUGUAUUGCAUUCUGGUGUAGUUGAGGUUUAAGUGACGCUACAGUAGGUAUGUUUAGAAUGACAUGACAUACAUGUACGUCAUUGACCAGUAAAAACAAACCUUUCCGAAUCACUCCAACUCAGAUAGGCAUACUUUGUCCCUCAUUACCCUGCAACCCCUGUAAACCAUUCUUCCCGUCCCCUAGCGAAUCAACAACUACUACAUUUGUUCCCCGCACCCUCUGAUCUGAAACAAUGCACACCCUUUCUCUCCACCCUCUGAAACAAGCCAUUCUGCCCCACUUCUGUGAAAACAAAGCCUUUUGCCCUUGAUGAAAAAAUAUCCUCUAACCAGUCCAAGAGAACAAACUUUUUUACAUAGAGUGUGAUCAACUUUAGUUUUAAAAAAAAAAAUGAUUUUUAAGUCUCAUGACUAGUAACUCGCAAGGUUUGAUCAAACAAGCGUCCCCACUUCCCUUAAAAAUACUGUGUGUGAAUAAUUCUUAGUAACAGAUAUAUACAAGUAUUGAGAUUGUCACUUCCACGUUAUGCUUGGUUUUUUUUUCUUUUCCUGUUACAGGUAGUGUUGUUCUUGCCGGAAUUGUUAAGUAUGAUUUUUGGCUGCAUUGUUUUUUAAGAUACGGAAAACAAGUCGAACCAUUCUUGUAUAUUUCAUAUCAUUGCACGUACUCUGUUGAUCUGUAAUUUCUCUUUUUUUGUUUGUCACACAGCAUUAUGUUUCAAAUUACUAGGCCAGUGCUAUUGUUAAUUACAAGAUGUAGCUUCAAUGUAUGUAUUAUUUUUUAAAAGUGGACAUGUCUGUUAAAAUGACAUUUAUGUUCAUUCAUUUUAAUUGCUUUGCUAUCUCAGGAUAUGGUAGCAGGCUUACGUAGAACCCUUUAAAAGGACAUAGAAUACGCAGUAAGCACACAAAUUAAGGAAAGCAGAAGGAUAUUCAUGGUAUAAUGUAUAAUCACUAGUAAUGUGUAUACUUUUUCAGUCUCUUACACCGGAAGUGAUCUCAGAGAGCCUGUAUUGUUAUUAUGAUAACGGCCAUUUUGAUGACAAUUGUUGAAAAUUUAUGUAUCAUCAUGUAACUCGUUGGAAAUAAAUGUUGGAUAUGA